AUGUCGGACCCAACUUCAGAUCCCUUUUCUGUGGCUAGUCCCGAUGGAUCUCAAAGUCGAAGAGGUGAUCCUGUAACUUCUAGUCCUGGUCGUGAUCUCCCCCCGUUCGAGGAUGAAUCCGAGUUGGCCGAUGCUGCUAUUGAUGAGGAGGAAGAAGGAGAAGAAUUAUUUGGAGACAAUUUUGAACAGGAUUAUCGUGCUAUUCCAGCCCUGGAUGUUUAUGCUAAAGACGGCUUGGAUGAUGAUGCUGAUUUCUCGGAUCUCUCUGAAGGGGCUCGCCAAGAGGCUGAAAAAGAAAUGAAGAAACGUGACCGUGAAGAGGGCUUAGCCUCUGGAAGGAUGCGAAGGGGGCUAAUGUACGAUGAUUCUGAUGAAGAUGAAGAUCGCCCAACUAGACGUAGACGUGUAGCUGAGAGGGCCGCAGAGGGUGCAAUGGAUGAAGAUGACGAAGAGAUUGAAAGUAUUGAGAAUCUGGAAGACAUGAAAGGCCACUCUGUCCGUGAAUGGGUUACCAUGUUGGCACCAAAGACUGAAAUUAAGAACCGUUUCAAAAAUUUCCUGAGAACUUUCAUUGAUUCCAAAGGCCAUAAUGUUUACAGAGAGAAGAUUAGGCAAAUGGUGGAAGCCAAUCAACAGAGCCUUGUGAUAGAUUACAAUAUGUUGGCUUCAGCCGAGCAGGUUUUGGCUUACUUUUUACCUGAAGCCCCAGCAGAAAUGUUGCCCACAUUUGAUGAGGCUGCCAAAGAAGUUGUUUUAAACAUGUACCCAAAUUAUGAAAGGAUUGCAAAAGAAAUUCACCUACGAAUUGCUGAAUUGCCGCUUAUUGAAGACAUCCGGUCUCUGAGGCAGUUACAUUUGAAUCAACUGAUUAGGACAAGUGGUGUUGUGACCAGCACCUCUGGUGUGUUACCCCAAUUGAGCGUUAUUAAAUAUGAUUGUAACAAAUGUAACUUUGUUUUGGGACCGUUUUAUCAAUCUCAAAAUCAAGAAGUUCGUCCUGGUUCCUGCCCUGAGUGUCAAUCAAGCGGCCCUUUUGAAAUCAAUAUGGAACAGACUGUUUACAAAAAUUACCAACGGAUCACAAUCCAGGAAAGCCCAGGCAAAGUUCCCCCUGGAAGAUUGCCUCGUUCCAAAGAUGCUAUUUUACUUGAUGAUCUGGUAGAUCAGUGCAAACCUGGAGAUGAAAUUGAAUUGACUGGAAUUUAUCACAACAACUAUGACGGAUCCCUCAACACAGCCAAUGGUUUCCCUGUGUUCGCAACUGUCAUCCAAGCAAAUUUCAUCAGCCGAAAAGAUGAAAAACUUGCUGCUGCCAGUAUGACUGAUGAUGAUGUGAAGGCAAUCGUUGCUUUGUCUAAGGAUGAAAGAAUUGCAGAAAGAAUAUUUGCCAGCAUUGCUCCUUCAAUUUAUGGCCACGAAGAUAUCAAAAAAGCAAUUGCACUUUCCCUUUUUGGGGGUGAAUCUAAAAAUCCAGGUGGAAAGCACAAAGUAAGAGGAGACUUAAAUGUUUUGAUUUGUGGUGAUCCUGGAACUGCCAAAUCCCAAUUCUUGAAGUAUGUUGAAAAGAUUGGACACCGUGUCGUCUUCACUACAGGCCAGGGAGCAUCUGCAGUUGGUUUGACUGCAUAUGUGCAAAGAAACCCAGUAUCCAGGGAGUGGACCCUGGAAGCUGGUGCUCUGGUUUUGGCUGAUAAAGGAAUUUGUCUCAUUGAUGAGUUUGAUAAGAUGAACGACCAGGAUCGUACAAGUAUCCAUGAGGCCAUGGAACAGCAAAGUAUUUCCGUAUCAAAAGCUGGCAUUGUUACUUCUCUUCAUGCUCGAUGUGCCGUGAUUGCAGCAGCCAAUCCAAUUGGAGGAAGAUACGACCCUUCACUAACCUUUGCUGAAAAUGUUGAUCUGUCUGAACCAAUUUUGUCUCGUUUUGACGUCUUGUGUGUUGUAAGAGACACAGUUGAUCCCAUCCAGGAUGAACGUUUAGCGAGAUUUGUGGUCAGCAGUCACAUGAAACACCAUCCAAACAGCAAUGAUGACAUCCAAUGGGACGAAACAAUGGUUUCUUUAAAUGUGUCUGGGAUUGAACCAAUUCCUCAAGAUCUUCUCAAGAAAUACAUCAUUUACUCCAAAGAGAAAGCCCAUCCAAAGCUCCACCAAAUGGAUCAGGACAAAGUAGCCAAAAUGUAUUCAGAAUUGAGACGAGAAUCUAUGGCCACUGGUAGCAUCCCCAUCACAGUGCGUCAUAUUGAAUCCAUGAUACGAAUGGCUGAGUCCCAUGCCCGAAUGCAUCUCCGGGAUUAUGUCAAUGAAGAUGAUGUCAAUAUGGCCAUUCGAAUUAUGCUUGAAAGCUUCAUCAGCACCCAAAAGUUUAGCGUUAUGAGAAGCAUGAGAAAGACUUUCAGCCGUUAUUUGGCUUUCCGAAAAGACAACAAUGAAUUGUUGCUGUUUAUCCUGAAACAACUCGCCCAGGAGCAAAUGACAUUCCAAAGGAAUCGUUUUGGUAUCCAGCAGGAACAGAUUGAAAUAAACGAGAAAGAUUUGGCAGACAAAGCCCGGCAAAUAAACAUUCACAACCUGACAACAUUUUUUGAUAGUGACCUUUUCAAAGCAAAUCCUUGGUUAUUCCUUAUUAUUAUUGUGAUGGGGGACUUCGGACCGGACUCUGGCGGCAGAGUUAAGGGAAUCACCAUCAUCAAGCCAAUUGUCUAUGGAAACAUUGCUCGUUAUUUUGGUAAGAAGAGAGAAGAAGAUGGUCAUACACAUCAGUGGACAGUUUAUGUUAAGUCCUUCAGAAACGAGGACAUGUCAAGUUAUGUAAAGAAGGUCCACUUUAAGUUACAUGAAAGUUAUCCCAACCAAAACAGAGUUGUGACAAAACCACCGUACGAAGUGACAGAAACUGGAUGGGGUGAAUUUGAAGUUGUCAUCAAAAUUUACUUUAAUGACACCAACGAGCGUCCAGUGACACUUUACCAUUUGCUGAAGCUCUUCCAAAGUGAAACGGACAUAAUGUUGGGAAAAAAGUCUUUGGUGUCUGAAUUUUAUGAUGAAUUGAUGUUCCAGGACCCAACACAAGUCAUGCAACAAAUGUUAACAAAUGUACGGCCAAUCAUGAUGGGAACUUAUCGCCAUGAAACAGACUUUGAAGAAAAACGUGAGAAAACUGUAAGUAACAUCCUCAAUGCCAAAAACAAAAUCCGCUACGAAAUUGCCGAGUUGAAUGAACGUCUAAAACAGAGCAAGGAAGUGAUACAAAAAUACAAAAAUGAAAUCUUGAAAAUGGAAGAAUCUGAUGAUGUUGUUGCCCCUGCAUCUUUGGGAACAACAACGCCCUCUUCAUCUGCACCUGGGACUCCUGUGGCCACUCCCACACCAAAUGUACCCAUAUCUACACCAGUGGUGGAUGGUGUGGCUACAAUUCCUGCUACUAUAGCAACUGCUCUGCCAGAAAUUGCUACGUCCAUCACUUUGUCAACAACACCAUCUUUCUUUUUUCUUCGUUUUUGUAUUUUUCUUUUUUUCUUCUCUUUGUUUUCUUAUUCUUCCUCGAUUUUCUUAUUUUUCUUCAUCUUUUUCACCUUAUUCACAUUCAUUCACUUUAUUCCUUCAUUUUUUUCCUUUUCUCUUCUCUUUUCUUCCCUUUUUUCUCUCUCUCCUUACAAAUCUUUCUUUUUCUUAGCCACUAGAAUUUGUCAUAUUCUUUCUUUGGAAAGCCGUCAGAGCUGGUAA